UUGUGAAGCGUUCCUCCAGCAACACAGAAAGGAAGGCUGCUGCUCUGAUAAGAGUUCUGUGGAUGUAUUUAUCAAGUUGGAUACAAAUGUGCUACAAUAUGAAGGUCUCUUUGUGCACUAUGGAUUCACUUAAUUCCUAGGAUUUACAUGUGGAUUCGGAGAAAGCAGCAGUCACGCUGCUUGGAGGGAAGGUUUAAGUUAUGGACAUUCAAAACUCAGCAGAGACUUGGAAAUGGCAAGUAAAGUGCUUCUUUUUCCUAUGUAGUUGGGGCUGGGUCUCUGGGCAGCUUCACUAUUCAGUUGUGGAGGAGUCUGAGCCGGGGACAAUGGUGGGAAAUGUAGCUCAGGAUCUGGGGCUGAAAAUCUCUGAUCUCUCGAAGCGCAAGCUUAGGAUGGGAUCAGAGGGAAGCAGAAAACACUUUGCUGUGAACUGGGAAAAUGGAGCUUUGGUAGUGAAUGAAAAGAUAGACAGGGAGAGCCUGUGCGGCUCUAGCACAAGCUGUGUGUUACCGGUUGAAGUAGUUAUAGAAAACCCUCUACAGCUACACCGUGUCAUGGUAGAGAUUAAGGAUAUAAAUGAUAACUCUCCCAUGUUUUCAAACAAUGAAAGAACUAUAAAGAUUACAGAAUUGAUAGCAAGUCCCGGAGCUAGGUUUACUUUGGAAAGUGCACACGAUCUGGAUGUGGGCACCAAUGGAAUUAAGCAAUAUAAACUGGAUCCAAGUCCUUAUUUCUCACUGUCUGUAAAGAACCGCAAAGAUGGAACUGUCAUUCCAGAGCUAGUGUUAGAAAAAGUUUUGGACAGAGAAGAAGCAGACAGACAUCACCUUAUCCUGACAGCAGUAGAUGGAGGCACUCCUCCAAGGUCUGGAACUACACAAAUAAAUGUUAUUGUUGUGGAUUUAAAUGACAACCCACCUACCUUUGUAAAGGGAUCCUAUAAAAUCAAUGUAAAAGAGAAUACUUCUGUUAACACGAUACUCUUAAAACUUAAUGCCACCGAUCUAGAUGAAGGUGCCAAUGGUGAAAUUGAAUAUUCUUUUGAUGAUCACACACCAGAUUCCAUUAAAAGAUUAUUUGCCUUAAAUCCAAGUACGGGGGUUAUUUCUGUUAUUGGACCUUUUGAUCAUGAGGAGUCAAGAGCAUUUGAGUUAACCAUCAGAGCAAAAGACAAAGGUGUGCCAGAAAUGGAGGGGAGUUGUAUUGUCCACGUGGAAAUUGAUGAUGUCAACGAUAAUGCACCGGAAAUAGUGCUGACCUCUUUAAUGACAGACGUUCCUGAAGAUACAGCAAUCGGAACAGUUGUUGGGCUUUUCAGAGUAAACGACAAAGAUUUGGGUCUAAAUGGGGAGGUAAGACUAGAACUGCCCUCUAAUUUGCCAUUUAAGUUCAAAUCUUCAGAUGAUCACUAUUCAAUGAUUACAGAUGGUGUUUUGGAUAGAGAAACAGUGUCUCAGUAUGUCAUUGACCUGGUUGCAAGUGACAUGGGGUCUCCUCCUCUAAGGACGCAAAAAACAAUCACUUUAAAAAUCUCAGAUGUCAAUGACAACCAGCCAACAUUUUCCCAAGUUACUUACAGUGCCAGUGUUCAAGAAAACAACAAGCCUGGGCAGUUACUUGUAGAAGUUUCAGCAUCGGAUCCAGAUGAAGGAGAGAAUUCCAACUUAAUUUAUUCAAUUACUGAUGGUGAAGUCGGAGGUUCCACUAUAUCAACUUUUGUAUAUAUUAAUCCAAAAACUGGAAAUAUUUAUGCACAGCGUUCAUUUGAUUUUGAACAGGUCCAGGUUAUACAAAUCCCAGUAAAAGUUGAAGAUUCUGGGUCUCCUAAGCAAUUUUCCAAUACAACUGUGUUUAUCUUCAUCUUGGAUGCUAAUGACAAUUCUCCAUCAAUUUUCUACCCUGAACAUUCUGGUGAGUUUCUUGCACAUCAAAAGAUACCAAGGUCAGCCCCGAGUGGAUACUUUGUCACUAAAGUAAAUGCAGUGGACCUUGAUUCAGGUCAUAAUGCAUGGUUAUUAUAUAACUUUGUUAAUGCCACUGACACAUCUUUAUUUUCUAUAUCUUCCCAAACGGGAGAAAUCAGAACUGCCCGUAGUUUUCAGGAAAAUGAAAACCAAGAGCAAAGUGUAGUUGUUUCAGUUAGUGAUAAUGGAGAACCUCCCUUGUCUGCCACAGUGACUAUCAUCAUUACAUUGGAAGAUAAUACAGUGCAGGAAAACAUGAAGUCCCAGGAUUUGUUUCCAAGUUCAUCAAACAGUUCUGAAAUAACAAUGUAUUUAAUUAUUUCUUUGGUUGCAAUAAGUGCUGUAUCAUUUAUCACCUUCACAAUAUUGCUGAUAAAAUGCCUAAAAAAGGAUAGUGGUGGUCCAGCAUGGUGUUGCAAAAAUGGCCCUGAGCCGAAUCACUACAUAGGACAGUAUCAGCCAACUCUACAUUUGAACUCAGAUGGUACUCUGAAGUAUAUGGAAGUUAGGAUGGCACCAACAGAUCCCAAGGGUCAGUGUUACAAAUCCUGCUAUUCCACAAUGUCAGAUAAAAAUGAUUUCAACUUCAUGAGGCCUUUAAAUUUUCCUCAACUGAAAAGCAUGUUCAAUGAAACCGAGGGUUUUUUUUUUACAAUACAUCACUUUUCCGCUUCUUUUCAGCAGGCGCAGCCUAACGCGGACUGGCGUAUUUCCCAGGCUCAAAGACCUGGACCUAGUGGAGCUCAACCCACAGAGGAAGCUGGAGUAUGGCCAAACAACCAGUUUGAAACCGAGAGACUUCAGGCGAUGAUUCUGGCAUCCGCUAACGAGGCUGCUGAAGGAACAUCAGGCCUUGGAGGAAGCACAGGCACCAUGGGCCUUAGUGCCCGCUACGGACCACAGUUCACCCUGCAGCACGUGCCCGACUACCGACAAAACGUCUACAUUCCGGGAAGUACACUUACCCCAACCAAUGCUGCAGGGAAGCGUGACGGAAAAGGUGGAAACAAGAAGAAAUCGGGGAAAAAAGACAAGAAGUAAUCAUUUUUAGAGGGGCUAAAUCAUACACAGGGCAGAUUUGUUUGAGAGAUUUCCCAUGUUAAAAAGAAAAAAAAACAACAAAAAAAAGAAAAGUAUUAGGGUGAAGUUGAAUGUCACCUUAGGAAAACAUAUACAUAAAAUCAGUAUCGAGAAUGAGUCUUUAUGGUUUCUGGCUGCAAAUAAUGUCCUUUAGCUGGACAUUUCUCUGCUUCUAGCCUUCAUGAUGAAAACAUUAUGUUAAAACCUCUGAAAUAAGUGCCCUGAUUAUAUUCGCUAAUAUUUUGUACUAGUGCAAGCUGAUUACCUAGCUAAUGUAUGCACUCUUUUUACAAACUCUUUCAAUUUAAUUUGCUCCCACAGUUACAUCUUGUGGAAUUUCUUCCAUUGUAUAUAAUUCCAGCAGAGUAGAUAUUUAUAAUUUAUAAACAUUCAGGUAAUACAUUGCUUUUUACCUGUUUCCCAUCAUUUUUUCCUUUGACUAACAAGUGGCGCUAGUCAGUUUGCUAUAGACAGCGAUAUUUCACCUGAAUU